GUUGAAAAGGUGGGUUUCGCGCUGCAUCCUGGGUACACAUAGCUCCGCUGUGAUGCAGUGAGCUUGUUGUGUUGACUGGUAACCAGCGGAAAGUACACGGCGGGGAAGGGGUCUGCCACCGAGGGGUGGGCUUUCAGUGAGUUUUACAAUGCGUCUUUCACCGAGUUGAACGCUCUCACAGAACCAUGAACCAACUUCGCCGGUCGCCUCGGAACGGACUGAGCCACAUUUGAGCCCCGACGACGAGCGCUUGUUGGCGGAGAGAGCGAACAUGAAGCAGCCGAGCGCUCCGCUCUCUGUUGUCGGCUUGACUGGGAAAUGGUAGCGUGCUGCAGGGACCACCGCACUGGGAAGGAUCAUGGUCGAGAGGAGCAGCAAAUUCUUGUUGAUCGUCAUCGGAUCCGUGUGUUUUAUGCUGAUCCUCUAUCAGUACGUGGCCCCCGGGGUGAUCAAUUUCGGCUCCCCGCACGGUUACUUCACGGAGGACGACGAGGGGGACAUCUUCCCCACUCCGGACCCCCACUACGUUAAGAAAUACUACUUCCCCGUCAGGGACCUGGAGAGGACCAUCGAUUUCCAGAUCAAGGGGGAGGACGUGAUUGUGUUUUUGCACAUCCAGAAGACAGGGGGGACUACCUUCGGUCGGCACCUGGUCCAGAAUGUCCGCCUGGAGGUUCCCUGCGACUGCAGACCGGGCCAGAAGAAGUGUACCUGCUACCGGCCGAACCGCAAGGAGACCUGGCUCUUCUCGCGGUUCUCCACCGGCUGGAGCUGCGGCUUGCACGCCGACUGGACCGAGCUCACCAACUGUGUGCCGGGGGUCCUCAACAAGAAGGAGAACAAGCAGAAGAACCAGAGGAAGUUUUACUACAUCACUCUGCUGAGGGACCCUGUGUCCCGCUACCUCAGCGAGUGGAGGCACGUGCAGCGGGGAGCCACGUGGAAAACCUCCCUGCACAUGUGCGAUGGCCGAACCCCGACGCCCGAGGAGCUGCCUUCCUGCUACGAAGGCUCCGACUGGUCGGGGUGCACGCUGCAGCAGUUCAUGGACUGUCCGUACAACCUGGCCAACAACAGACAGGUCCGCAUGCUGGCCGACUUGAGCCUGGUCGGCUGCUACAACAUGUCCACGGUUCCAGAGAAGAAGAGAGCCCAGCUGCUGCUAGAGUCAGCCAAGAAGAACCUGCGAGACAUGGCCUUCUUCGGACUCACAGAGUACCAGAGGAAAACGCAGUUCCUCUUUGAACGAACCUUCAGGUUGCGCUUCAUCAGGCCUUUCAUGCAGUACAACAGCACCCGGGCUGCAGGGGUGGACCUGGACAACGCUACGGUGCAGCGCAUAGAGGAGCUGAACGAGCUGGACAUGGAGCUCUACGACUACGCCAAGGACCUGUUCCAGCAGCGCUACCAGUACACCCGGCAGCAGGAGCGGUGGCAGCAGCGCAUCAAGAACCACAUGCAACAGAGCCGCCAGGGCCUGGGCCUGAGCGUCGGCCUGUGGCCCUCCCGCGGCCAAGCUAGCUCACAAUCAACACUGGAGGAGGGGGACAGGGAGAGGGGCGAGAGGGAGGAGCGGGAGGACGGAGAGGAAGGGGGCAGAACGGAGGAGGCGGGCGCCAGGCUUCCCACCGAGGACUACAUGAACCAGAUCAUCAAACGCUGGUAGCAACAGAACGAGAACAAACGACAGACAUGCAUACAUAAUGUGAAAGUCAUACUCAUAUAUACACACACACACACAUACUGAGAGAGGAGAGAGAGAGAGGUGCAUCUGCGGAAAGCGACGCCUCCAUCAAAGACCACAACCAAACGCAGACUACCGCAGAUCUGGGCCGCAAGACUCGCAGUCUUGGGGGGGUUGCUAUAGCAACCGGAGGCUGGUAGCUUGCAUCGACUCUCAUUAUUGAGGUUCGCCCAGUUGUUAAUGGCGCCUGCUUGCCCUUUCGCCUCCCUGCCACAUCUUCCUCGUUUCUUUGUCUCUGCCAUCAUCGUUACUUCCUGAGCGGAGGGAGAGCGGAACAUUUUUAGAAGUUGCUGACAACGUCCCGGCUUCCCCUCUCCAUGUCUCUCGCCCCCUCUGCGGCCCGGCGGUGGAGACGGGAGCGGAGCGGAGCACAAGGAAAGGAAAAUCAGGUCUGUGAGAUUCAAGGAAUCCUUUCCAGAUGCUCCCAUAUCAAGAGAAACUGGAUAAGCUCCGAACAAAGGAUAAAAAGUAUGACAGCGUUAGAGACCGUAUCAGGGAGCAGAAAAAAAAAAAAAAAA